ACGGAAGAGGCGCAGAUGCUGGCCUACGCUGUCCUGCACAUCCGGAGUCUGCUGCAGAAGCAGCUCGGAGACAUAAUCGGAAUCCUGGUCAGGACGCAAAUGGAUAUUCAGUUCCGGAUCCGAAGCAUUAUAUCGCAUCCCUUCUUCUCUCGAAACCAAAGAUCGUCGUCUUCGUCCUCACCAUCUCACUCCUCUUCUUACUCGCCUUUCAAAAGUUUCUGUUCCAGAAGGGACUUCGGAGAAUCUCAAGAAAACGGCGAUGAUAAUAAUAAGGGAGACAAGUUUUCAACAGACUGGGACAAGGCAUGGUCAAAUUUCAGGAAGCAAGGGAGGAAAUCACUCUUCUCUCGGUUUUCUCCAGACAAGUAUGUGAGCUGGAAUCCAAGGCGAUCAGAGUUCCCAAUCUCUGAGGAGACUGAUCCGAUCAAAAGAACAGAGAGAUCAAACCUCAUGUUGUGGACUAGUCCUGGCUUCACUUUAGUGGGGGCUAUUAUAAUUGUUUCAUUCCUUUUGUUAUAUACAAUUCUUGCACCAAUCAAGUGAUGUCCUUGGUUUUGUAUCUCACAAGUAAACUAUUGGUUUCACUGAAACUGUAAAUUGCCUAUCAAUGUGACAGCUUAUCUCUUCCUCUUUGUUCC